UGUUGCUCCUGCAGGUUUUCCACACUAAAUAUUAUGAAGCAUUCCACUCUCGGCCGUUGUGGUGAAAGCAACGUGGAACUCGGAAGACACGCACAACUUAGAAAGUUGACGACAAAUUAAAAUACGGUUCUGUGCCCUAAUGCUUAGUUUUAUUAUCCGCGGAAGUGAGAGAACAAAACAAAAUUGAUAAAAGUUAAUAAUUAAAGUGAGAAAAAAGCCAAAAUUGAAGAGUCAAGAAAUAGUAAGAAUAAGAGCAAACGUGUGAUAUAAAAUAAAAGCAGUGUGUGUAUACUGAGUAAGUCAUGUGUAUAAGUAUAAGAAUGGAUUUUUAAGUUGCCGCGCUUCCGUCUUAACAACUGUUGUCGUCGUUAGUGUGUAUGCGCUUACUAUAACGGAAAAGUGUGAUAAGCUUUUAUACAUAUACAUAUGAAUAUAUAUGUGUGAACGAGUUUCAUCGAAAUCAAAUGUCGAGUAUGAGUGAGUAGCGAGCAGUGAUGUGUGCAACAGAAAGGUGCUGCGGCUGCCACUGCUGAAGUGUGAAUACGACUUUGAUAAGUGGCAAAACGACGAAAUUAAGAAAAUAGUGGAAAUAAGUGUCAGGCGCAGAAAAUCGACGUGUGGAUUCGCCUACUCUGGUCUUCAAAGGAACGAAUUAGAGCGAAAUAUAAUGUAUAUUUUUGGGUUUAUUUACGUUCAAAUAAUACGCCCAAAUAAAAAGAUAAAAAAAUUUUCAAUUUUCAAUAAGAAAAUGAAGUGAAACGUGUGAAAAUAAAUAAAUUUAAAAAAUAUGAAUAAAUGUCGUGUGGUGAAUUAAUCGCUUACAAUAACAAAAAAUAAAACUUGUACGGAUAUUGUAAAAAAUUAAAAAAAUAAAGAAACCAGUCCAAAAAUUAAUGAAAACUCCGCUUAUGACAUACAUACAAAUAUAUACUCGUUUGUGUGCGCUCACUAGUUAUACAUACAUAUAUUCCAGCAUUUCGUUAACCAAUCCCAGCAUAUUUUGAUUACUUUCGGCUAGGCAACCAUUGUGAUUUUUCUGUUUCCCUUUUGAAAUUUUUUUCGAUUUCCUUUUAUUGUUGCGAAAUUGUGAAAGUAUAUACCAAUAUCCGCAUGAUUCGCUAUGAGAUAUUAGAAUAUCACGCGAAUUCGAAUUCGCUAUAUCGAUUACUGUUAACGGUUUGCUCGCUUUGCCUACACGCCGGUUGAUGGGUGCGUUUGAUGUUGCCGAUGGUGGCAAAAUGGAUCGAUGUCGAAAUUGGUUUUGCGCUCGUAGUAAUAAUAAUGACUAUGCCGAGGUGGCCGUAAAUGACCCGCUCAAAAAUCUAACCAAUUCCAUUUCGGAUACAAUACGUGACCACGUGCGCGACAUGAGCAACAGCAAUGGCGGUGGUUUUAUGACCGCAGCAACCACAACACCUCCACCAUCUAUGGCUACAACAACACCAAUGCACUCGACGACUACAUCACAUGUGGUUACAUUUUUGGAUGAUGUCGGCGCAAGCGGUAGCAAUGGCGCGGUUACGACUAGUAGUCGUGUGGUAAGCCACACAGAGUUGCAUCCACCAAUGGUCGAUGGUAAUUUGGACGUAAUCGAAGCGGUAGAAGAUUUCGCUAAUGGAACUAGCAUCGGUUUAUCGCUGUGUGAUGACAGUGUGCCAUCAUCGAAAAACUGCUAUCGCCUAAUUAUGCUGGGAUCCUCACGUGUGGGAAAAUCAUCGAUUGUGGCACGUUUUUUGGGUAAUCGCUAUGACGACGCAUACACCCCAACCAUCGAAGACUUCCACCGAAAGCUUUAUCGAAUACGCAAUGAGGUGUAUCAGCUGGAUAUACUGGAUACGUCGGGUCAUCAUCCGUUUCCAGCAAUGCGACGCCUAUCAUUCAUGACCGGUGAUAUUUUCAUAUUAGUCUUCAGUAUGGACUCGCGAGAAUCUUUUGAGGAAGUAGUGCGAUUACGAGAAAACAUACUUGAAACUAAAUGGGCGGCGCUUAAUCCCGGUUCCGGUAUGAAGAAGAAAAGUUUGCCGAAAAUACCCAUGGUUAUUGCUGGAAACAAAUGUGAUCUUGAACCCAAAAAAGUUCAACUAGACGAGGUAAUGGGGUACAUUGCCGGUCAAGACAACUGUUGCGUCUUCAUCGAAUGUUCGGCGCGACAAAAUUUCCGCAUCGAUGAUCUAUUUUAUGCACUUUUUAUGGUUUCGAAUUUACCAUUGGAAAUGGCACCGAAUCACCAUCGACGCGUUGUAUCCGUAUUCGGAGCACCAUCACCCUUGCCGCCACACACAACUGUUGGCGGGUCGAAGAAGAAUGCGCUUUCGAUUAAGCGACGUUUCAGUGAUGCCUGCGGAGUGGUAGCACCGAACGCGCGGCGCCCCAGCAUACGAACCGAUCUGAAUUUGAUGCGCUCCAAAACGAUGGCUAUGAACGAGGGCGAUGGAGCGGGCGUAGCGCGUAGGAAUAUUUGCACUUUGAUGUAAAUGUUAAACUGCUUAGGAAUAUCUUUAUACACAUAAUCGUAAUAUUAUACAUAUACGAGUAAACCUAUGAAGGAGCGAUGAUUUCAGUAUGUGAUACAAUCAUAGAGCGUUCUAGUUAAACCCAUGCACAUUAGUUCAUAAAUAAUAUAAAAUGCAUAAAUUUAUAAAUUACAGUUAUAUUAAUAAAAAAAUGCGUAUGCUUAAGUAAAAAUGUAUUAAAUACAGGUACAUACAUAUUUAUACAAAUGAUGACAUUUGAACGAUUUUGAGAAUACGUUGAAUUUAUCAGUGAAGUAGUACAUCUUAAAGUUUGUUUCUUCUAAAAAUAAUAAUAAUAAAAUAAUAUUUUUAUUAUAUUAAAUAGUAGUAAUUUUAUUAAACCUAUAGCAUUUAAAUAAAUAUUUUAAAAAAAUAUGCAUACAUACAAAAACACCUAUUAUAUGAAAAAUAAUUUAUACCUACUUUACACUAUAUUACUAUCAACUUCAAAUAAUAAUACCUAACAUGUGAAUGAACACCUUAUUGAUUUUUUAACAUUAAUAAAUAUGAAUAUUCUAUAGAAAAUUAUUACUAUAAACAUUCCAAAACUAUUUUCUCGUGGAUAAAACAUACUCUAAAAUUGAAGCAUUUAUAUUUAAUAAAAAUAUAAAUAUUUCUAAAUUUUUUAAACUUAUUAAAGUAUUGUAUAUAAAUGUUUUUUGACUUUUCUAGCAGUUACAAGUUACACACUAACGAUAAGUUAAAAUUCUAUAUACCUGUCGCCAAUAUUAAUCCUCGGGUGCUACUUUCGUAUAAAUAAUAAUUUGCCACAUCAGAUGUAAAAUUCUUUAGUUCAAUUGGGAACAGUUCUAGAGAUAUCUCUUACCACGUCAUGAUUUGACAAGCAAUGUUCUUCAACUCUGCCACAAACUGUAGUCUAAUGGAUUCAAAUCUGGACUACAAAACUAUCAACCAUCUGCAGCUAUGAAACCAGGAAUAUUGCUUUUAAGCUACUGUUGGGUUGUUUUUGCCUUGUGUAUGGAACCAGAAUCUAGCUGGAAGGUCCAAUGCUCUCCAAGGAAGAAAAUAUUGCUUAAGUGUUUUACUACGCCUUUUAAUACCUCCUGCUGGUAGACGUUUGCCCCAGGCAUAACCCCUUCUUCACAGAAGUGAAGAGCUGUAGCGCCUUUCAAGGAGACACAAAACCAUUACAGCAGCUGGAUGGUGAACACGUUGAAUACUUGGAAUAGACCACAUUGUAAACUUUGUAACAGAAUUUAUAGCAACACUA